CUCUCCAACUCUUUCCCCUGGAAUCCCAGCAGAGGGUUUGGCUGCAGACUGUGUCAGUCUUGUUUGGAAGGACAGCACUUUGCAACGGGAUAGACCCAGGGGGCGUUUGCAACUGGGGGACCAGCAUCAAUGCACUUCCUCUGGGACACACACACACACGCUGCUGUAUUUUAUCCUCCUUCAUUCCAGACACCAGCUCCUUCCUUGGACGCCUGCAUCAAACCCAUUUGCGUCCUAUUCCGCUCUUGUCUACCCGAAGAUUUUUCAGCCCUCACUCUCUGAGCAGGACAGGAAGAGGUUGUAACCACCUGGGAUAGCUUUGAAGUGCACGUAGAGAGCGUUCCUGUGAACUGACGAUGGGGAGAGUUUUACCCAAUUGCACAACCUGAUAAGGCAGCAUUUAUCGUGAGCAGAGACUGCGUGCUUGGCUACUGUCUCAGGACGAGGAUCUCGCUUCACGGGCGCCUGCAUCAUGGAGAAACCCUGGAAAUGUGGCCACUGCGGGAUCGGUUUCCGCUCCCCCUCCGCGCUGGAGAUCCACCGGCGCGUCCACACCGGGGAGCGGCCGUUUGCCUGUCCCGACUGCGGGAAGGGCUUCACUAAGUCAUCGUCGUUGGAGAGACACCGGCAGGUCCACACCAGGGAGAGGCCGUUCAGCUGCCCCGUCUGUGGGAAGGGCUUCACCCACUCGGCCGCCCUGCUGACCCACCGGCGGGUCCACGCGGGCGAGAGGCCGUUCGCCUGCUCUGACUGCGGCAAGGGCUUCAGAGACUCCUCCGCCCUGCUGAGGCACCGGCGGGUCCACACUGGGGAGAGGCCCUUCAGCUGCCCCGAGUGCCGGAAGGCCUUCAAGGACUCGUCCACCCUGCAGAAGCACCAGCGGGUGCACACCGGGGAGAGGCCGUUCGUCUGCUCCGAGUGCGGGAAGGGAUUCACUCAGUCGUGCCACCUGCUGACCCACCGGCCCGUCCACACGGGGGAGAGGCCCUUCAGCUGCCCCGUGUGCGGGAAGGGCUUCACCAAGUCGUCCAACCUGCGCACCCACCGGCGGGUCCACACCGGGGAGAGGCCCUUCAGCUGCCCCGAGUGCGGGAAGGCCUUCGGCGACUCGUCCACGCUGCUGACCCACCGGCGGGUCCACGCGGGGGAGAGGCCCUUCGCCUGCUCGCAGUGCGGCAAGGCCUUCACACGCUCGUCAUACCUGCUGACCCACCAGCGGGUCCACACCGGCGAGAGGCCUUACGUCUGCCCGGCCUGUGGGAAAGGCUUCACUCUGCUCUCCGUGCUGCUGACGCACCAGAGAACACACCAGUGACAACCAAGCUAAGGUACCCAUGCUGCCCAGGCAUGUGCAGGUUCGGGUGGAAUAGUGGUGCUAAAUUACCAUAGCGUCCCGGGAUGUGCAGUUUCUGGGGAAUUGGCAGAGCUAAAUUAUCCACAUUGUGAAGGGAUGUGCAGGAUAGAGUGGAUUGGCUGUGCUACAUUACCCAUAGUGCCCUGGGAUGUGCAGUUUAGGGGGGAUUGGCCAUGCUAAAUUACCCAUAGUGCACUGGGGUUUGCAGAUUAGGACGGAUUGGCCAUACUACGUACCUCAGUGUCCAGGCAUGUUGCAGGUUAGAAUGGAUUGGCCAUACCACAUUCCCCACAGUGUGCAGUAAAGUGCAGGUUAGGGGGGAUUGGCUAUGCUAAAUUGCCCAUGGUAUCACAGGGAUAUGUAGGUUAGGGUGGUUUGGCCAUGCUAAAUUACCCAUACUGUCCAGAAAUGUGCUGGUUAAUGUGAAUUAUCCAUGUUAAAUUACCCAUAGUGUGCAGGGAUGUGCAUGUUAGGGUGGGUUGGCCAUGCUAAAUGACCCAUAGUGCCCAGGGACGUGCAGGUCAGGGAGGAUUGGCUGUGCUAAAUUACCCAUAGUGUGUAGGAUGUGCAUGAUAGGGUGGAUGGCCGUGCUAUAUUACCCAUAGUGCCUUGGGAUGUGCAGGUUAGGGUUGACUGGCUAUGCUGAAUUACCCAUUGUGUGCAGGAAUGUGCGGGUUAGGAUCAAUUGGCCAUGCUAAAUUACCCAUAGUGCCCUGGGAUUUGCAGGUUAGAAUGGAUUGGCCAUGCUGAAUUAUUCAUGGUGUCCGGGGAUGUGCACGAUAGGGUGGAUUGGCAACGGAAAAUUACCCACAGUCCCCUGGAAUGUGCAAGUUAGGGUAGAUUGGCCAAGCUAAUUACCCACAGUGCUGUGGCAUGUGCAGGUUAGGGUG